AUGGCCGUCUUGCUGGCAGAGUUUCAAGCAGUGCAGAGUGUUAGAUCAUCACAGGGUUCUAAGAAUCCUUCACCCCCUGAGUUCAUCCUGCUGACUUCCCCACAAACUGGCUUGCCUGCUUCACAGUAUGUUGGUGUCCACAUUGCGUUUUCUCACAUGGUAGCUGACUGUAGGUGGAAGGAAGCAAAACCUACCAGUCUUUUGCAAGUAGGGACUCGAGAGUUCUUCAUUCCCACUAGAACAAUUCCACCAGGCAAAGCAAGUCAGUUUACACUUAGGAAAAAACAUGAAGUUCAAAAACCUGAGAAAGAGAAGGGUGAAGAUACAAAACUUGAGAAUGGGAAUCUUGUUUUGGUGACAGACUCCUGUGGAAGAUUGGAAUCAUCUAGGAAUAUAUCUGAACCUAUAGAGACUCCUUAUGAAGACUCUGAUUUGGGAAGGGAACAGGCAAAGCCCAAGGAGAAGACUGACUUCAAAUGCUCAGAGUUUAGGGAAGGAUUUAUCCAGCAUUCAGACUUGAUUGAAGAUACAAUUGUACACGUGAGAAAGAAGCUAAGCUCGGUGAAUAUGAAGAGUGAGAGUUCAGCUCUUACUGGACCUCAGAAAAUUCUUUCUAGAGAGAAAGGUCAUCAGUUCCACAAAUGAGGGAAAGUCUUUCAGAGUACUUCACAUCUCAUCAAACAUCAGACAAUUCAUCUUGGCAAGAAAGCUUAUCAGUGCAUAGAGCAUGGAAAACGGUUUAGCCAGAAUGCAGGCCUUUUGGAACAUCUCAGAAUCCAUACUGGAGAGAAACCUUAUCUAUGUAUCCAUUGUGCAAAGAACUUUAGGUACAACUUUCACCUUAAUCGACACUAGAGAUAUCAAAGUCUGGAGGAACUCUGUGAGUGUAAGGAAUGUGGAAAAACUUUUAGUCAGGCCUUGCUCCUCACAUACCAUCAGAGAAUCCACAGUCACUCCAAAGGCCAUCAGUCUAAUAAGUGUGGGAAAGCCUUCAGUUUGACCUCACACCUUAUUCAACAUCACAGGAUUCAUACUGGAGAAAAGCCUUUCAAAUGUAACAUAUGCCAGAAAGCAUUCCAACUUACCAACGAGCAUAUAAGCAUCCACAAUAAAGAAAAGCCCUAUGAGUGUAAUGAGUGUGGAGAAGCCUUCCAACAGAAGUCAGGUGUCUUUCAUCAUCGGAGACAUCACGACAAAGGCAAACUAGCUAGAAGAGGUGUUCUCUCCUUGUAG